UUGAAACCAAAAUCACUCACGUUUUGCAUUGGUGGAAUUAAUCAGGGGUGCUGAUGUCCUAGCAAUAACACUGAAAGCACAAAAAUAUGAGACUCAUCGCCCUACCUGGCUAAGGAUAACUUACUUCGGAUAUAAUUACCAUAUUGAAGUACUCAGUGAUAUUGAUUUAAAUGAGAAAUUGCAACACAGCUAAAAACUAUGUGAACAGCCCUAAUUCUGACCGUGCAUUGGAGAAGAGAACCAUUCUGAGUAACAGCAUGAAAUUAGAGUGCCCCCUAGAGCCUGGACGAUGUUGGAAUAAAAGUUGGACUGGGAUACAGAGAUUCGUUUGAAUUUUCAGAUAAAAGGCUAUCAGUCUGAAAUACCUGCAGCUAGAGGAACAGACAACUCAUGAUUCGAGCGUUAGUCACUCGUAAAUGGCCGACUUCUUCCAGCGAAUCCAGUGUAAUCCAGUAUACAGUAAAACAAGAAAAGAUGUACAAAGGAUUUGAAAUGAAGAAAAUGGUGGACUAUAUUUACACAUCUUCCAGCUCUUCUCUAUGUGGUAUUGAGCUGGAAACCAAUAUCCAGUACCUCAUAACAGGCCAUUUCGAUAUUCAGGGGAUUGUUCAUAUUGGGAUCUGCAAUUGGAUUGUUCCAUGGGAUGACCUAACUUCAUUACAGAAAUGGCACCUGAAGUGGAACAAGUAUGAAACUGGCUGCUCCUGUCAGAUUGUCAGCUGUCCCAGUGUACCAUGCUCCUCUCCAACAAAGACCCAAUGUAUUUGGACUGACCUGGUAUAUGAGAAAACUCGAACUGGAUCACAGGCAAAGAACAGUGUCUGCUCAAAGGAGGAUGGUGGCUCCUGUCACUGGUCUGAUGAAAGAUCAGCCAGCAUGAAUGAAAAUAUCUAUUAUGGUGAACCUUGAGUGUCCCCCUAUCUCAUAAGAAUUGUGUUCAACACCAGCUACAGGUGGCCCAUCUCUGUCAAAGACCCCCAGGUUCCAGUGUUAACGCCAACAUUUUUGUCAGUUUAUUGUAUUCCUGUAUGCUAUGUGAGGCACAGUGGCUUCUCUAUCCAUUCUUUCACUGAAUGUACCAUAAUGAAUGAGAACCAACACUUCUAGCCCUGUGUUAAAUUUUGUUAGCAUGCUGAGUUUUGUCACCUGAGGUGAACUAAAGCAUCAACACCACUACAAUAGUUGUGAAUGUAUAUCAGCGCUGUAGUUGGCUGGUGACGUUUACUAUCAAAACUUAUUAUAACUCUUAAUGACGCAAGUUGAAACAUAAAGAAAAUGUGUCUUUUUAUUUCAGAAUGAUGCUACAUUAUUUAUGUUAUUCAGUAUUUUGUAAAAAAAAAUCCAGGUUAAAAUUCAAGAGUGCUCUAGAGUAACCCUUGCCCUAGCAGUGGCAAGAUUACAAUUGUGUCAAAAAUUGCUAUCUGUUUUCUUUAAGGCUGCACCACAUGCAGGGUAGUAUUAACAUGCAGCUGACAGCACAAAGGCCAUGUAAGAUGCCAUUAUGCACCAAAACAUUUAGAGAACAGUGGUUAAUAGCAGCAAGCAAAGGGACUGUUCCUUCCCUUGCCCUCAGAAGCGCUCCUUUUUGUUUCAUAAAAUGACUUCCUUUUCCUGGGUGAAAAAGUCCUUUUAAAAGGAAAUUACAGUUUUUGAAAAGCAGAUUAGUUCCAGGUAAAAGUAACAUGUAUUCCCAUUCAUAUUGUUUGCUGCUUUGUCAGUGGCAGAAUACAAUCCACACUGGCAUUGUGGGGCUACAGCCAAAUGCCAUUAACAUGAAUAUACCAUCUGUCUGUUAAAAUCUGAAGUUAUCUCUGUCAUGUGUUGGAAAAAAAAUUUCUAUGUUCCAUUAUCCACGUGAAUGACUCAACCCCCAGAAUCCUGAACAUAAAAAUAGUUUAAAAAAAAGCUUGGUGUAUUUAGCAAAUUGUUGGAAAAGACGGAAGACCAAGGCCUGUGACCUCCAACAGGCUUCAUGCUCCAAUGGUGGAAUUCAAAUCCAGUUCCACUUUCCUGUGGACCAUCUUUGAUUAGUUUACCUAGAUAGGGCAUCAGAAAUCUCUGGAAUCUUGUUGUGUUAUUAGCAUGUUUCAGUACAUUUGUACAGCUUUUAAAUACUUUGAGAAAUCAGAAAGAAUCCUUCACCUUCGACCCAAAAAUGAGAGAACAUCCAAGUCAAUAUAAUUGACUUCAAAAACUGACAACAGAUUCAAUUGUAAAUGUAGAACAUAGAAACAAAGAUGAUUUCUCAUAUUUGAUAUGAACAUUCUGCUUUGUAAGAACGAUGCUGUCUUGCCAAAUAUCUAACAAAAAGCUUUCUUAUUAAUGUUUUAAUAAAUGUGCUGUGAGUUUUCAGUAAAAUAUCUGAGUGAUCCCAAUUAUUUUGAAAGCUUGUGUGUGUUUAAUUAAUUUUUGUUUAGCUGAGUAUCAGAUAAUUAGAGAAAUCCAUUACCAUGCAUUAAUCUUAAGAAUAUUCUUAAUUCUACAUAAAUGUGUUUCCUAUUUGCGGAACAUAAAGCACCACUCCAUCUCCUUAGAG